ACUUAGCCACGGAAGCCUGCAGGGUACCGGCUUGAAGAAGAAGAAGAAGGGGAGGAGGAGGCUCGUGGGUAGGGGUCGGUGGCGACAGUUCACGUAUCUCCGUGCUGACAUGUCCUCCUCCGGCGCAAUGCCCGCUGUUUCUUCCACCUCUUCCUCCGCGGCAGUGGGAAUCUUAUCGGCCACUACAGCUAAAACCAAGACCAAAAAGAAGCACUUCGUGCAGCAGAAAGUGAAGGUUUUCCGAGCCAGCGACCCCCUCAUCAGUGUAUUAAUGUGGGGAGUGAACCACUCGGUAAACGAACUUAUCCAAGUUCCUGUCCCAGUGAUGCUCUUACCAGACGAUUUCAAAGCUAAUUCUAAAAUUAAAGUUACAAAUCAUCUUUUCAACAGGGAAAACCUACCCAGUCAUUUCAAAUUCAAAGACUACUGUCCUCAGGUUUUCAGAAAUUUGCGUGAGCGAUUUGGAAUUGAUGACCAGGACUUCCAGGUGUCACUGACAAGGAGUUCCCCAUACUGUGAAAGUGAAGGCCAUGAUGGACGCUUUCUUCUCUCCUAUGAUAAAACAUUGGUCAUUAAAGAGAUUUCUAGUGAGGAUGUUGCAGAUAUGCACAUUAUUCUCUCUCAUUAUCACCAGCAUAUAGUGAAAUGUCAUGAAAGCACUCUGCUGCCUCAGUUUUUGGGGAUGUACCGUUUGAGCGUGGACAAUGAAGAUUCUUAUAUAAUAGUCAUGAGGAAUAUGUUUAGUCACAGACUGACUGUUCAUCGCAAGUAUGAUUUAAAGGGUUCUCUGGUAUCCCGGGAAGCUAGUGAUAAAGAAAAGGUUAAAGAAUUGCCAACUUUGAAAGAUAUGGAUUUUUUAAACAAGAGCCAGAAAGUAUAUGUGGAUGAAGAGCAAAAGAGAAACUUUAUGGAGAAGCUAAAGCGUGAUGUAGAUUUUCUAGUACAGUUAAAACUCAUGGAUUAUAGUCUGCUGCUAGGAAUCCAUGAAGUUUUCCGGGCUGAGCAAGAAGAGGAGGAGGAAUUGGAAGAAGACAAUGCUGAAAAUGAAUGUUCUCCGCAUGUGAAUGUUGGAUCUUAUGGGACAUCUCCUGAAGGUAUUGCUGGAUACCUGAAUUCUCAUAAACCAUUGGGCCCUGGGGAAUUUGAGCCCAUCAUCGAUGUAUAUGCCAUCAAGAGCUCUGACAAUGCUCCCCAGAAGGAAGUUUAUUUUAUGGGCUUGAUUGACAUUCUCACACAUUAUGAUGCCAAGAAGAAAGCAGCGCAUGCAGCAAAAACUGUGAAGCAUGGGGCUGGAGCAGAGAUUUCCACAGUGCAUCCUGACCAGUAUGGAAAAAGAUUCCUGGAGUUUGUCACAAAUAUCUUUGCCUAAUUCAUCAACAGACACAACUGAAAUAACAGAGCAUAAAACAA